GACCAUUAUGGUGACAUGAUAUAUUUUCUGUCUUUGUCAGACUGGAGAGUUUUUAAACAGAGGUCAUCCCGCAACAGAGCAACUAUGUCUUCUCUCAGGACUGUUUUAAAUGACUCUGUCAUCAUUCAUCCUCCAGGCUUCUACCUCAUCGCAUUUGAGACACUUCCAUACAUCAGCAUCUACUUGAUCUUUCUAGCAUUUGUCUAUGUGGUUGCAGUGCUGUUCAACAGUUUGGUUGUCUAUGUACUUGCCUUCGAUCAUCGUCUCCACACUCCAAAAUAUCUGGCUGUUGUCAACCUUGCAGUAGUUGAUAUAAUCUUCAACACAAGCACUAUUCCCAGCAUGAUAAAGGCAUUCCUCUUUAAGAACAAUUUCAUUCAAUUCAACUUGUGUUUUGUACAAAUGUUUUUCUACUAUACUUUUGGGACUUUGGAGUCAUUUGCACUUGCUAUACUUGCCUAUGACAGGUUGAUUGCAAUUUGUUUCCCUUUGCGUCACAACUCUAUCAACACACUGCGGAGCAUGUCUCAUGUUGUCGGCCUCACUUGGUGUUUUGCUCUGGGAAUCAUUGCGUUCUCAACAGGUAUCAUAACUCGACUGUCUUUUUGCAAUUCUGUCAGAAUACAUAGCUAUUUCUGCGGCUGUCUCGCUGUGCCGAGACUUGCCUGUGAUGAUUACACACUGCAGUUAUAUCUUGCCCUGUGUCUUGUUUUCUUGCUCCUUUUAGGACCUUUUGCUUUUAUUGUUCUGUCUUAUAUGAGCAUCUUGGUGACUGUGUUCAGGAUGAAAUCUGUAGACAGUCGGGUGAAAGCUUUGACCACUUGUGUUGAGCAUUUUAUCCUUGUUGCUAUAUUUUACACUCCUCUCAUUUCAAUUUUUAUUAUCGAGCUUUAUGUACAAGUUCACCCAGAUGUGCGUGCGCUGGGCAACUCCCUGGCCGCUUGCAUCCCACCCUGCAUCAAUCCUAUUGUAUAUUCUUUGAAAACAAAAGAAAUAAAAAUCAGAGUGCUGGCACUGGUUAGAAAAACUAAAACUGGCACAGAUAAAUGUAAGAGCAAAGCUCAGAGUUGUUAA